UACUUUUCGAGAAGAACUUGUGAAAUCUGCGCUGCAAAUUGUCGGGAACUAAAUUUCACCGGGCCGUUGUUUCCAGUCGGUGUGUUUUUGUGAACGUACCAGUCUCGCCCAACAAGAAAUUAAACGUAAAGAUAACCAGGUCGGGUCUGGUCAUGGAGUUCGCAGAGCUGAUAAAGACACCCAGGGUGGACGGGGUCGUCCUACAUCGGCCUUUCAUGCCCACCGUGGAGGGGACGCUGUGUUUGACAGGUCAUCACCUGAUUCUGUCCUCCAGGCAGGACAACACAGAGGAGCUGUGGCUGCUCCACUCAAACAUCGACUCAAUAGAGAAGAGAUUUGUGGGCUCUCUGGGAAGCAUUAUUGUCAAGUGCAAAGACUUGAGAGUGAUCCAGCUCGACAUCCCUGGUAUGGAGGAGUGUCUCAACAUUGCCAGCUCUAUCGAGGCUCUGUCCACACUUGACUCAGUCUCCCUGAUGUACCCUUUCUUCUACCGGCCCAUGUUUGAAGUCAUAGAAGAUGGCUGGAAUUCAUUUCUUCCAAAGGACGCCUUUAAAGAUUUGGAGUCCAUGACGGAUGAAUGGCGACUAAGUGACGUCAACAAGGACUUUGGCGUGUGUCCAUCCUACCCCCCUCUGGUGGCAGUGCCCAAAGACGUUGAUGAUGACACACUGAGGAAAGCAGCUACCUUCCGCCACAGUGGCCGCUUUCCAGUACUCAGCUAUUACCACAAGAAAAAUGGCAUGGUGAUGAUGCGAGCAGGGCAGCCUCUGACAGGCACCAACGGGCGACGGUGUAAGGAAGACGAGAAACUGAUCAACGCCACCCUGAGGCCAGGCAAGCGUGGCUACAUCAUCGACACACGCACUAUUAAUGUUGCCCAGCAGGCCAAAGCCCGAGGUGGAGGAUUCGAGUCCGAGGCUAACUACCCCCAGUGGAGGAGGAUCAACAAGGCGAUCGAAAGGUCCAAUGUGCUCCAGGAAAGUCUGAUAAAGCUCGUAGAGGCGUGUAAUGACCAGUCGCACAGUAUGGACCGCUGGUUAAGCAAGUUAGAGGCUUCCAGCUGGCAGACUCAUGUCAAGGAGAUCCUUACCACCGCCUGCCUGGCUGCCCAGUGCAUCGACAGGGAGGGAGCGUCAGUGCUGGUUCACGGUACAGAGGGGACGGACUCCACCCUGCAGGUGACCUCCUUGGCUCAGAUCAUCCUUGAUCCGGCCUGCAGGACCAUCAGAGGCUUCCAGGGACUGGUAGAGCGAGAGUGGCUCCAGGCGGGUCACCCAUUCCGCCAGCGCUGCGCUCAGUCAGCCUACUCCAACAGCAAACCUCGCCAGGAGGCCCCCGUCUUCCUGCUCUUCUUGGACUGCGUGUGGCAGAUCCUUCGCCAGUUUCCGUGCUCCUUUGAAUUCAGCGAGAGCUUCCUGGUGCUGCUCUUCGAACAUGCCUACGCUUCUCAGUUCGGCACCUUCUUGGGCAACAGUACAGCUGAGAGAGCCAAACUGUCUCUGCCUGAGAAGACUGUGUCCCUGUGGUCGUGGGUGAAUCGACCACAAGAACUGGAGCGUCUGUCCAACCCACUGUUUGAGGCCAACAGUCUCGUGAUCUGGCCCUCUGUUGCCCCUCAGAGUCUGCUGCUAUGGGAAGGCGUGUUCCUUCGCUGGAACCGUUCCUCCAGGUGUUUGGACGAGGCCUACGAGGAAAUGGUUCACAUAAUUGAGUACAACAAGGAGCUGCAGAACAAAGUAAACAGCCUGCGCAGGCAGCUGGCCCAGCUGGAAACUGAAGACCCUCUGCUGCAGACGCCAUAGAGAGAGAGGGAGAGAGAGGGAGAGGUAGAGAGAGAGAAAGAAAGAGAGAGAGAGAGGGAGAUUGAAAGAGAGAGAGAGGAAAAAAGGGGGAGUGCUGUCAGUCGAUCCGCUUUUAGGCCUCGAUUAGGUCUAAAUAUUCUUUUCUUGUCUGAAAAGAUAAAAUCCAGUUAUAAUUUUGGAUUUUGUACUUGAUUGUUGUUACGUUUUGGUUUGCUGGACCGAUGAAAAUUGAACUGGAAUGGCCGACCUCUCUUUGACUUUGCAUUCAUGGACUGACAGAGUGCUCUCCCACCUUACAUACAAAACGAAAAAUGUUGACAUUUUAACACUUUGUGUCAUUUAAACAAGGCAGGAGUGAAAGAUUCCGAAACCAAAAAAAAACAGAAGAGAAGACAGCCAGAUAUCUCUCAGAGCACUGAUAAAAGCCAAACACUCGUCACCUCAUAAUAAAAUAACUGGCAACAGUUUGGAUUCCAAAAAUGUGAGAAAUCGCCACUUUUCGUCGUCAUAAAACGUAAAUUUGAUUCCUUGAGUUUUUGGACUGUUGGUGAGAAAUUUAAAUGGGCUAUGUUUGGACAUUCCUGACUGAUGAAUAAAAAAAAGAUAAUCAUCGGAUCAAAUCAGAACUUGCAACCUCACUCUAAUACGCAUGCAGACCUCUGUGUACAGAAACAGCUGCUCAUUUCCUUAAACGAUGCUUCGGCCCGUCGACUGAUUUCACAGUUGCUAAAGCCUCGCCAAACACCCCGCGCCUCACACACACACCUGCUGACUCUCAUUUACAUACACAGAUAUCUAUGAAAUUCGGCGAGUGAUGUGUGGCUGCAGACUUCUAUGAUAUUUCUUUUUCAUGUCUGUGGGCAUUAAUCUUGUUCAGGAGGGAAUGUUGGUUGAUUUACUACAGGGUACACAUUUUCACCAAACAUCCCGCUGAAUGUAUAUGCCACUGAAGCACUGCGGAGUAACUAUGGCAACAUAUAGGGUGCUAUAAGGCAGCAUGUGACUGUGGUGCACGUUGAGAUGAUAUAAUAAGCGUAGGUAGCCUAGGUCAGCACCCGCUGUACUGUACAAUGAGAAGACUGGGAGGCUUAUUUAAUAAGGAUCUGACCAAAAUAUCCUGAUUUGUGUGUGUCUGUGAAAUCAUUACUUGACAUUACAGUAAGCAGCAUCGCAGGAGGCAUGGACAGAGACUUAUUUAACACAGUGUUAUAAAGUGUUCAUCAGCUUGCUUCGUCGGUAGUAUCUUUAUGUUACAAUAGCAAACUAGUCGAAUAUGUUUUGGGUGUAUGAUACAGAAAAAAAGGGGGGUGAUGGGGGUCUUGUUGCCACAGUAACGGAAGCCAUGUUGGUCGUAUGACGGUGAGCAAGACUUGACAGAGUUUAACACAUAGGUUUGUCUUCUUAACAGGUGAAAAUGUUAGUUUGAGAUUAUCGCUUUAAAGACCAAUUUAUAUUUUGGAAAUUAAAGUUAUAUUAUGAUUGUCGUGUUGAAGUACAUAUAUCAAACAAAUCGCUUAUCCUCUGAUUUAUAGUCAAGAAUAGAGAACUAACGCACUUUGUGUGAAAGGCAUAUACGAUAUCAGUCACAUACUCCGCUAAUUGUAAGUCUCACUCGCCCGCUGAAGCCAUAUUAGACAAUAAAUGUAUUCAUAUUCAACUUGAAGACAAGCUAAUAAACUAACUAAUGUAGGUUCAGACUAUCAGGCUUACGUUCAGGUGACAAGGACUGUGUGUUCAGGGGACGCUGACGCCGACCCAACCCAAGUCCAGGACCAGUCGAACCACAUGAAACAUGUUUCUUAAUUGCACUUGUCACUAAGAGCUAGGGGAACACGUGUAGAACAACAUGACCUGAAUUCUCUGAACAUGGUGACAUUACAGCUCGUCUUUCAAUGCUGUCCAUAGGUGAAGGCAGCUUUCCAUUAGAUUAAUAUUAGAAGAGAGCUUCAUGCUGCACUUUAAAAAAGGCCAUUCUGGGGUAAAAAAAAUUGAAUCCACUGUUCAUCCUGGGCCAGUUUUCUUUGUUUCGUCAGUAUGUAAAACAUGCACUUCUCUGCUUGUUUCAGUGUCAUCUUCAAACUUUUUUGCUUCACAGAUGAUGUAAUAACCACACUAAGCUGAACCGAUUACAGUCACUACAUUAACCUGCUUUAUAAAGGGGAUAGGUCGUUAUCGCUGCAGUGUAUACAAUUUUUACUUUUGCCAAAACAAGACGCCGUUCCUGCCGUUGCUUUUGCGCGUGCAUGAAUGGAACAACGAGUCCAAUCAAGGUAACGGCGUGAUUUUCAACUGUACAAACUUCCUACGCUUGCAUUGUGCAUAAUGUCUUUAAUGAUCAUUGCUUCGUCAAAGUCAGCAAAACUCUAAAAAUGAUUAUCAGCACUGUGGACGAAACGCCGCAUUUGUCUGUUGUGCUUAUCAGCUUCGUGCAAUGCCUUACAGCUGAGGAGUUCAAAGUAAACAUUUCAGUUCUUUUAUUUUUUAUGAUCAGAUUGUCUGUAAGAUUAUUAUUGUCCAAAAGAUUGAAUGUUUUUGUUUUUUUUUAAGUUUUCAAGCCAUUAAAAAUUUAAGCACAACA